AUGUGCUUCUCACUGAUUCUGUUCUUGAUCACCCUUCAUCUCUCAAGCUCAGUUGUUUCAGGAUAUCCCCUAACAAAGAGACCUUCACCCUCACAUUUCUCCGUGUUCCCUAGAGCUUCGACUCUGGCCACUAGAUCGGCCUCCAAGGCUGAGCUUUUCGAGGGCUCCGUCAAGCUUGCCUUGGCUCAUGUCGAGUCGGCACGGGCCAUGGCCCAAAACCUUACCCUUUCACACCACAAGGUGCCGGCGAAGUCGCCUCCGAGCAGCAUUGCCGACUGUUUGGAGCUCUUCGAUGACACCAUAGACCUGCUUGCCAACGUUGUCUCGUGUGGGGGUGGAACCGCCAAAGGCUGCCAGCCCGACGACGUCGAGACAUGGCUCAGCGCCUCCCUCACGAAUCAAGAGACCUGUCUUGACAGCCUCCAAGACAUUAACAAAGUUCGAGAGAGCCGCGUUGACAUGAUGAGAACGAUCUCGCAAAACAUAAGCCACUCGCUCAACCACACCCUUGCGCUCUACGCCUCGACUAGGCCAACAAAGGAAGCAAGUCGGCAACGACGUCGGGCUUUGCUGUCCGACACAUUCCCUCACUGGGUCUCCGGCACGGAGAGAAAGCUUCUUGAAGCUGCGGUCGAGGAAAUUAAAGCGAGCGCCGUCGUGUCGAAGGACGGGACCGGCACGCACAUGACCAUUGGAGAAGCGCUUCUCUUUGUGCAAGCCUCAAAAGCGAAAGAGGGCGGCGGCAGCAAGGGCAGGACCGUAAUUUACGUGAAGUCCGGGACCUAUAAGGAGAAUCUGAAGAUUCCUUCCAAGCAAAAGAACGUUAUGUUAGUCGGCGACGGGAAGGGAAAGACGGUCAUCGUCAGCGAUCGGAACGCCAAGGAUGGAUGGACCACUUUCCAGUCUGCCACCGUAGCUGCCAUGGGCGAAGGAUUCAUGUCGCGCGACAUCACGUUCGAGAACAAUGCCGGGCCUGACAAGCACCAAGCCGUCGCCCUUCGAAUUGGGUCGGACAGAUCGGUUGUGUACCGGUGUUCCAUCCUCGGCUACCAAGACACCCUCUACACGCACUCGAAGCGCCAAUUCUACCGAGAAACCGACAUCUAUGGAACUGUGGACUUCAUCUUCGGCAACUCGGUGGUUGUCUUUCAGAAGUGCAACAUCUACGCGCGGAAGCCCCUGUCGGGUCAGCACAACUUCGUGACCGCACAGGGCCGGACAAGCCCAUACCAGAACACGGGCAUCUCGAUACACGACUGCAAGAUCGGGGCUGCUUCAGAUUCGGUCCCGCUGGAGUCCAAGCCCACGACCUUCCUCGGGAGGCCAUGGAAACAGUACUCUCGGACCGUCGUGAUGCAGUCUCUCUUGGACGGCUCGAUCCAUCCUCUGGGAUGGUCUCCGUGGUCCGGUGAUUUCGCCCUGAAGACGCUUUUCUAUGGCGAGUAUCAAAACUCGGGACCUGGCGCGCCCAUCGCCGGAAGAGUCCAGUGGGCUUCAUACCAUGGCUCUCUCACAUCAGCACAGGCUCAGUCAUUCACGGUUGCACAGUUCAUUUCAGGGAAUUUGUGGUUGCCAUCGACUGGCGUAUCUUUUGAUUCUGGGUUGAUUGGAUGAAUGUUCAUCCUUUUCUGGGGUUUGUACUGUUGAUAUGCGCAAGAAAAAGUUCGGUGUUUAGGAUUGGCAAAACCUUAGUUUGGAUGUUUUCAUGUUGCAUUUUCAUUGCUAUUAUUGAUGUGAUGUCUUUCUGAGAA